UUAGGAAUGACAACAGUGUGUUUAAUCGUAGCACUGGCAUUUGUACUGAAAUCAGAAUAUGUUAUCUCUGAGAAAUGGACAACUGUGGCUUUAAACGGCACUCCACUGGAAACCGGCGGUCAGAGUGUGAGUGAGUUUACAGCGACUUCGUCUGCACUGAAAAGCAAUGAGGACAAGUGUGACAAGGUGAUGACACUGCCUGCCACCCAGCGCUGCGAGUUUGUUCUGAACACCACAGACUGCCAUGUCGAGGGUGGCUUCAUUAAUUAUCCCUAUAUCACUUUUUGCUUGUUUCCUCCUAAACUCUUGCCCCUUGCCAUUUUUUUCUAUGUUCUGUUGUUGCUGAUUUUCUUCCUGAUUCUUGGACUGAUUGCAUCAGAGUUUUUUUGUCCCAACCUCUCUGCUAUCUCCUUCACUUUGAGGCUGACACAUAAUGUGGCUGGAGUGACAUUUUUAGCCCUUGGUAAUGGGGCUCCAGAUGUGUUCAGUGCCAUGGCUGCUUUUUCGCGGCCACAGACUGCUGGCAUGGCCAUUGGAUCUUUGUUUGGAGCAGGCAUCUUUGUGACCACAGUGGUUGCUGGAAGUGUUGCCCUGGUGAAGCCUUUCACCGUGGCCUCUCGCCCUUUUUUGCGUGAUGUCAUCUUUUACAUGGCUGCUGUCUUCUGGACUUUCAACAUUCUGUAUAAGGGAGAGAUUUCACUGGCAGAAGCCCUAGGAUAUCUGGGACUGUACUUGGUGUACGUUAUAACUGUGGUGGUGAGUGCAUAUAUUUAUAACUGCCAGGAACGAUCUGUCCAUGAAACGCUACCGAACUCUACAGAGUUUAGCUCAGAGGAGGAGUAUGAACCUUUGAUCUCCUUCACUGAGUCAACCAGUAGCAUCUUCCUGAGAGCUAUUAACCCCAUAGAUUCAAGAAACUGGAGGAGGACACACUGGGGCUGGAAAGUGCUCAAGAUUAUUCAGCUGCCAUUUGAGGUGCUGCUGCUGCUGACAGUUCCAGUUGUGGAUACUGAGAAAAAGGAAUGUAACUGGAAACGACCUCUUAACUGCCUUCACCUUAUCACUGGGCCACUAGUAUGUGUACUUACCUACAACUCAGGGAAAUAUGGUCUGUACCUCAUUGAGGGAGAGUUUCCUGUGUGGAUGCUUACAGCCUUUGUUGGAGCCUUUCUCUCAGGCAUAGUCUACUGUUCUACCACUAAUGAGCAUCGACCUAUUUACCACUUUCUCUUCGCUUUACUGGGAUUUAUAGUGAGUGCUUUGUGGAUCAACACAGUGGCGUCAGAAGUUGUGAGUGUGUUGCACCUGAUGGGCAUCGUCCUUCGUUUGAGUAAUACUGUACUGGGACUCACACUUCUUGCAUGGGGAAACAGCAUUGGAGAUUGCUUUGCUGACAUCACUAUAGCACGGCAAGGCUACCCCCGAAUGGCCAUUUCUGCCUGCUUCGGAGGCAUUAUUUUCAACAUGCUGUUUGGAGUUGGUCUUGGCUGUCUGUUGCAGAUGAUCAACCUUCAUGAUGUCAUAAAGCUGGAGUCAGAGGGUUUGCUGUGUUGGGUGCUGGCAGCAGCACUGGGUCUCUCUCUGGUCUUCUCAUUUGUGCUCGUUCCUCUGCAGUGCUUUCACCUGAGCCGAGCCUAUGGCAUCUUCCUUAUGCUCUUCUAUGCUACCUUUCUAAUUAUUGCACUCCUUACAGAGUUUGGAAAGAUCCACAUGUAAACGUAGCACAUUCACUGGCCGCAUGUAUGCAGGAAGGUUAUGAAAGUGCAGAAUUUUUAACAGUGUAAAAAAAGUAUAACAUGUCAGAAUCACAUGUUAUUCAUAAAUAAUGUGACUGCUGAAUCUGGAUGAUUGCUUGAUUUUUAAUAAACACAACCCUUGUGGGGGUUAGAUUACCAUA